CCGGGCGGCGGGGCAUGAGCGCGGAGGGGCCGCGGCCGCCCCCCGCGCCGCCCAGGCCGUGACCGGGCGGGGGGGCGGCUGCAUUAGCGCCUGCAGCCCGCGGGGCUCGCAGAGCCCGGAGCGGCCACCAUGGACUGCAGCCUCCUGAGGACGCUCGUGCGCAGAUACUGUGCUGGAGAAGAGAACUGGGUGGACAGUCGGACCAUCUACGUGGGACACAAGGAGCCCCCUCCGGGUGCAGAGGCCUACAUUCCACAGAGAUAUCCCGACAACAGAAUCGUCUCCUCCAAGUACACGUUCUGGAACUUCAUACCCAAGAACCUGUUUGAACAGUUCAGAAGAAUAGCCAACUUUUAUUUUCUCAUCAUCUUCCUGGUGCAGUUGAUCAUCGACACACCCACAAGUCCAGUGACGAGCGGGCUCCCACUCUUCUUCGUCAUCACUGUCACAGCCAUCAAGCAGGGUUAUGAAGACUGGCUCCGCCACAAGGCAGACAAUGCCAUGAACCAGUGUCCCGUGCACUUCAUCCAGCAUGGCAAGCUGGUCCGGAAGCAGAGCCGGAAGCUGAGAGUUGGGGACAUUGUCAUGGUGAAGGAAGAUGAGACCUUUCCCUGUGACCUGAUCUUUCUCUCCAGCAACCGGGCAGAUGGGACCUGCCAUGUCACCACCGCCAGCUUAGAUGGAGAGUCAAGCCAUAAAACUCACUACGCAGUGCAGGACACCAAGGGCUUCCACACGGAGGAAGAUGUUGAUGGGUUGCACGCCACCAUCGAGUGUGAACAGCCACAGCCCGACCUCUACAAGUUUGUGGGACGCAUCAAUGUUUACAACGACCUGAACGAUCCUGUGGUGAGGCCAUUAGGAUCAGAAAACCUGCUGCUCAGAGGAGCCACACUCAAAAACACAGAGAAGAUCUUUGGUGUGGCUAUCUACACGGGCAUGGAGACCAAGAUGGCCCUGAACUAUCAGUCUAAGUCCCAAAAGAGAUCUGCUGUGGAAAAGUCAAUGAAUACAUUUCUGAUCGUGUACCUCUGCAUCCUGGUGAGCAAGGCCCUGAUCAACACGGUGCUGAAGUACGUGUGGCAGAGCGAGCCCUUCCGAGAUGAGCCAUGGUACAACCAGAAGACUGAGUCAGAGCGCCAGAGGAAUCUGUUCCUCAGGGCCUUCACCGACUUCCUGGCCUUCAUGGUCCUCUUCAAUUACAUCAUCCCGGUGUCCAUGUACGUCACAGUGGAGAUGCAGAAGUUCCUUGGUUCCUACUUCAUCACCUGGGACGAAGACAUGUUUGAUGAGGAGAUGGGAGAAGGGCCUCUGGUCAACACAUCUGAUCUAAACGAGGAGUUGGGACAGGUGGAGUACAUCUUCACAGACAAGACGGGCACCCUCACAGAGAACAACAUGGCCUUCAAGGAGUGCUGCAUCGAAGGCCAGGUCUACGUCCCCCAUGUCAUCUGCAAUGGGCAGGUCCUUCCCGACUCCUCCGGCAUCGAUAUGAUCGACUCCUCCCCGGGUGUCAGUGGAAGGGAACGGGAGGAGCUGUUUUUCAGGGCUAUCUGCCUGUGCCACACCGUCCAGGUGAAGGAUGACGAUCAUGGGGAUGACGUAGAUGGUCCGCGGAAAUCUCCAGACUCCAAGUCCUGUGUGUACAUCUCAUCCUCGCCUGAUGAGGUCGCACUGGUUGAAGGUGUGCAGAGGCUUGGUUUCACGUACCUGAGACUGAAAGACAAUUACAUGGAAAUCCUGAACAGGGAGAAUGACAUCGAGAGAUUUGAAUUGCUAGAAGUUCUGAGUUUUGACUCUGUGCGGAGAAGAAUGAGUGUGAUUGUAAAAUCUGCUGCAGGAGAAAUUUUUCUGUUUUGCAAAGGAGCAGAUUCUUCAAUAUUUCCCCGAGUGAUAGAAGGCAAAGUGGACCAGGUCCGGUCCAGAGUCGAGCGCAAUGCAGUGGAGGGUUUGCGAACCCUGUGUGUUGCCUACAAGCGGCUCGAGCCAGAGGAAUAUGAAGGUGUUUGCAAAGUGCUGCAGGCUGCCAAGGUGGCUCUUCAAGAUCGGGAGAAGAAGUUAGCAGAAGCCUAUGAGCAGAUCGAGAAGGACCUGAUUCUGCUCGGUGCUACCGCGGUCGAGGACCGGCUCCAGGAGAAAGCCGCCGACACAAUUGAGGCGCUGCAGAAGGCGGGCAUCAAGGUCUGGGUGCUCACUGGAGACAAGAUGGAGACGGCCUCAGCCACGUGCUAUGCCUGCAAGCUCUUCCGCAGGAGCACGCAGCUGCUGGAGCUGACCACCAAAAGGCUGGAGGAGCAAAGCCUGCAUGACGUUCUCUUCGAACUGAGCAAGACGGUGCUGCGCUGCAGCGGGAGCCUGGCCAGAGACUCCUUCUCGGGCCUUUCGGCAGAUAUGCAUGACUAUGGUUUAAUCAUCGAUGGAGCUGCGCUGUCCUUGAUAAUGAAGCCCCGAGAGGAUGGGAGCUCCUCAGGCAACUACAGAGAGCUCUUCCUAGAGAUCUGCAGGAACUGCAGUGCAGUGCUCUGCUGCCGGAUGGCACCCUUGCAGAAGGCCCAGAUUGUUAAGUUAAUCAAAUUUUCAAAAGAGCACCCUAUCACCCUAGCGAUUGGUGAUGGUGCGAAUGAUGUCAGUAUGAUCCUGGAGGCGCACGUGGGCAUAGGCGUCAUCGGGAAGGAGGGUCGCCAGGCUGCAAGGAACAGCGACUAUGCAAUACCCAAGUUUAAGCACUUGAAGAAGAUGCUUCUUGUUCACGGGCAUUUUUAUUAUAUCAGGAUAUCUGAGCUUGUGCAAUACUUCUUUUAUAAGAACGUCUGCUUCAUUUUCCCUCAGUUUUUGUACCAGUUCUUCUGCGGAUUUUCACAGCAGACUUUGUACGAUACUGCGUAUCUGACUCUCUACAACAUCAGCUUCACUUCCCUCCCGAUUCUCCUGUACAGCCUCAUGGAGCAGCACGUGGGCAUUGAAGUGCUCAAGAGAGACCCGUCCCUGUACAGAGACAUCGCCAAGAACGCGCUGCUCCGCUGGCGGGUGUUCAUUUACUGGACAUUUCUCGGCGUCUUUGACGCUUUGGUAUUUUUCUUCGGUGCUUAUUUCAUGUUUGAAAACACAACCGUGACCAGCAACGGACAGAUAAUGACCACCAACACAAGCAUGAUGUUUGGGAACUGGACCUUUGGGACACUGGUGUUCACCGUGAUGGUGUUCACUGUCACACUGAAGCUUGCGCUGGACACGCAUUACUGGACCUGGAUAAACCACUUUGUCAUCUGGGGGUCGCUGCUCUUCUACGUCGUCUUCUCCCUGAUCUGGGGAGGGAUUAUCUGGCCAUUCCUCAGCUAUCAGCGGAUGUACUAUGUAUUCAUACACAUGCUGUCCAGCGGGCCUGCCUGGUUGGGCAUCACACUGCUCGUCACCGUCAGCCUCCUCCCUGACGUCCUCAAGAAGGUCUUGUGCAGGCAGCUGUGGCCCACGGCGACGGAGAGGACUCAGAACAUUCGACUUCGGGACAGCGUUUCAGAAUUCAGCCCUCUGGCCUCUUUGCAGAGCUGGGGCGCUCAGGGCACCAGACCCUUGGCUAUCCAGUGCAGCUCCCCUCCUGGGAGAGUAGUGUGCUUGAGGUGGGAGAGCGAAGAGUACGCUGUGCUCCCUCCCCACCCAGGCCUUUCCCACAACACGAGGUAUGGGUGCUGUAGGUCCAGCCUGGAAACACCCACUUGAUGGACAGAUCGCCUUCUGUCCCAGCUCUGAGAGCUAUGUUCUUGGGUGCCUGUGUGUGCCUGCACCUGCCCCACCCCUCAUCCUCAAGGAGGUGGGGGUGGGAUCACAGGUCACCCACUCAGGCACCGCACACCGCAAUCUGGACCGUGCGUGACAGGCAUCAUCAUCCUAGGCCCGUUGACCGUACCGACGACAGAUGGGCUGUGGAGAAGGACAUUAUGCUUGGCUUCACCUUAAGCAUUGCAGCUAUGAAGCUGGCCCUGCCAGGCCUGCACGUCCACCCUCUGCUGUUGUCAUCCUCUGCUGUCACUUGAGGAGAAGACUCCGUCCCUCUGUCUGCAGCCUUGUACAUCUCGCACAUGGGCUCAGCUCAUGUUACAUCCUGAUGUUCCUGACCACGUGUUUCCUGUGCAAACCAUCCACACUUCCCGCUAGGGAAGUGGUCAUGUCAGACUAAGUGGUGUGCGUCUUCUGGACCUGUGGCCCUGCUGUGCUCACGUUCACUGUCCCCUCACAAGCCAUUUCCCUAGAUCCUGUCCGAGUCUGUUUGCUGAGGAGAUGCUGACCCUGCACACCGGAGCUUUGGAAGCCGUCAGCGUCCCCUUCCUUCCUACCACCGGCUGCCUGUGGAAGAUGGCGUGUAUGUGUGUAGAUAAGUCACAUGUUAACCAGGUCCUCAGGAGUGUAGUGAUAUCCACCACAUCCCAGAACGAUGUUAGUUUACCUUACUGGAAACCAUUUGUUUCAGGGGUGCUGGUGAAGGUGGCGGUUUGGGGCACCCAGGCAGGUAUUUAUCUCACCCAUAGGUGAGUCCCACACCCAAAGCUGUCUGGGGUUGAUGUGGACUCGUCCGUUCCAGUCUGCUGCUCAGCCUGCCUCCACUGGUGCCACACAGAUCCCAUCCAGGGCUUUCCUUGGAGUGGACAGGCCGUCAGAAGGCCACUGUACUGUGAAUCCCUGCUGCUUCCCACACUGGCACUUCUGUGUCUUGUGGAGCAUCCAACAGACCUUACACAGAGAAGACGUUUCGGUGUGGUGCAGCCUUUCAGAGAGUACCAGCCAGAGAUGGGGAGAAAGCCAUCCCCAGCCCCGUGGAGUCAUGUGGUAGACCUGGGGCCGUAAUGAGGGCCGCAGGGACCUGAGAGCCUCCAACCUGGGAAGCACAUAUUGUGUAACAAGAUUACACAAGGUUUCUCUGUGAACAGUGUGCUUGAACUGGGGGACCAGCCGACAGAAGGAGCAGUUAUUGGACCCGGCAGCUGGGGGAGGUCGGGUGACCAUAAACAUCACACCAAAGACCGGGGAUGGCCUCAAGCUGUGACAGACGGAAGAAUGUACAGCUCCUCUAAGGGCUGUCCCUGGCUCCACACAUCCUCAUCCCCGUCACCCUCCUGUGUCGCCAUGUGUCAGCCCAGGAUUGGAGCCCCAGUCCACACUAGCCCUUAAGUAAUGGUGUGUGCAUUUUUACAGCCCUUUUUAAGAUCCCAAGACGGGUACAAACGUAAUACCUGUGGGGAGGGGCAGAUUCUCUGUAUGUUUAGUUAACAAAUUAUUUGUAAUGUAUUUUUUUAGGGAUCUUAAAAUUGCCUUUGCACUGAAGUAUUUUCAUAGCUGUUUCUAUAUCUCUUACUCAUUUGUUGAUGUAUCUUCUGAUUUUUAAGUAUGUUUUUAAAGCUUUCACAUUUUAAGUUUAAGAAGUUUUGGCCACUUUAAAUGCUGGUGAGUGUUCGGCUGAAUGUUUCCGUCCCUGCUGAGUGAAUUGACUCUCCUCUGUGCCUCUGUGUCUCUUGGUGUUUCUGAGACCCACCAGGUGAAGGGUGUGCUGAGGGUGUGACCACUUCCUUUUCUUGUUUCAUCAUGGUCCUUUGCAUUUUCACGUUUUCUGUUUUGUUUUGUUUUUACUUUCAUCCUUCAGCCUUAAACACAGAAUAUUCUUCCUGCAGGCUCUGCGUCCUGCAACCCAUUCUGGGUGUGGCGAUACUCUCUUGCACCCCCCAAUAGCCUAAGUUUACAUAGGAACACCCCAGACUUUAUACGCACUCCAAUGUCUUUUAAAAGUGUGCUUAGGAAAUUACCAAAUGAAGGUGCCUAAGAAUUUGAAAUAGACAAGGGCACAGGUGAGAUGCAGGAACAAGAGACCAAAUGUGAGUGCAGAAGCCCUCCACCUCACCUCACAGCAGCUGCUUUUUACUUUCCUUAGAGCACGUACCUUUAACUCAGAGGAAGCAUUUUCUUAAUUGCAUUGCACAUGUCAACAUCUGUGACAUACUGCGUUGGCCAGAAUUCAUGGUUCUGUCCCCUGCAAGCAGUUCAUCUCACUUAUGUGCCAGGAGCCCUGGCUUCAUAUGUGUUCUCUUUCUGUUCCACACACACAGUCAUGGCCAUUUACAAACUUGUGUAAACAUGUACACGUAUGUGCACACACACAAGCACAUGUGCAUUUUCCUCCCAGCCUCCAUUCUGAUAGCCUUGUGCAGAGGUUUUGCCCUCUGGGACCAUCAGGCUCCUUUCACACACACCUGGAAAGGGGGCUUGGGCUGUGCUCACAUGUGGGCUGUGUGGGUGACAUUGCAGUGCUGGACCGAGCUCUCCCCUCCCAGGGAAGUGCACCUCCCUGUCAGGACCUCCCCUUGCUCCCUCAGUCCAGCCAGCAGGAUCCAGGAUAACAGAAGCCACACACCAUCCUGAGUGUAGGUAAAGCCUGUCCCUUGCCACAUACUAGCUAGGAAAACAUGUCCCUACAUCCCAGAGAUCCAUUCCUGAGUACAAGCAGACCAAAGGCCCCACCCAAGGAGCUCCUGGAUGGGAAGGGGCUCUGAAGGCUGAGGUGGCAAUGGGGGGAUGGCGCAGGCAAGGCUGGAAGGGCGGGGUGACUUUGUCUUUCCUGAGCACGUUUCUUAGGAUCAGCUGCCGAAUGUCUUGAUUGUGCUAUCCUGGUCACCAGCUCGCUGAGCAUCAGCCAGGUGUCUGGUGGUCUGCGGGAAGCUCCAGCCUGGGUCUCUGAACUCCCAAGUUCAAGGUGUAUCUACACUGACUGGUACUGGACUCACCCAUCCACAUUUAUUUCAUCCUGAUGUAAUUUAUUGGCAAUGCCAUAGAACAGCAGGCCCUUGUGUUCUACAUUGCUUUUGGAAGUUUCCCACUUAUGACUGUAAAAACAGGAAAAAAUAUCACUUGGCGAAUGCAAUCUCUCUGUUUUCAAAGCCAGAAGACAGAUGACUAGGAACGAGGGUGGUUCUGAUACUGUGUCUAAACAAAGCUUUAAUGAAGAUGUGUAUGUUGGAAGUAUUAUGAAAGUGUGAUUCUAAUUUUGCAGAAAAAUGUCUAUCAAUUUAUAUAGCUUUAUUUUUUACCUUAUCAAGAGAUACAGAAUUUUAAUAUGCAUAUAUUGUCUGACUUAAAAUCAUGUGUGGCUGCAUUACCACUUAAAAUGUCCACCUACGGUGUAUGAAUAAGAGAGACUCAAAGAUGUAUUUAACAUGAAUGGUUAUCUUAGCUGUCAUCUUCAUAAGUACUGGGAUUUACUUUAAAUUAUCAAAUAUAGUAAGUACAUUAAACAUGUCACUCUCCAACACUAAUGUUUAACUGAUAGCCCAAUAACCUGCUUUGAAAAUUAAAUUGUGAAUUAAACCGGAUCAAACGUC